AUGAGAGGUCGAAAUGACCAUGCAGGUGACAGCACGGGCGAUGAGCCCGACGAAGCGUUGACGCCGCCCAGUCACGAGGAUGGAGGCGACUUCAGCCUGCUGCCACUCAAAAAAGACCACGCCAGUAGACCACUCUGGAUCAAUCCGCACAACCGGCACAUCAUUCUCGAAGGUUUCAGUCCUAUAGCGGAGCAAGCGAUGGAUUUCUUGGUCGCGAUCGCUGAGCCCGUUAGCAGGCCUGCACAUAUACACGAGUAUCAGCUCACCAUGUACAGCCUGUUUGCUGCCGUCUCGGUAGGGCUGCAGCCGACGGACAUCCUGGAAGUGUUGAACCGUCUGUCAAAGUCUCCAAUCCCUCAGUCCAUCGUGGAUUUUGUUCUAGACAACACCAAAAGCUUUGGCAAAGUCAAGCUCGUGUUGAAGCAGAACAAGUACUUCAUCGAGAGUGCACAUCCCGAUGUACUUCGAAUGCUGCUGCGGGAUGAGGUGAUUGGCAAGGCGCGCAUCACUGAAGCCGAGCGGAGCCAGCAGCAGAACGGCAACAAUCGGCUAGAGGUCUUGGGAAGAGCAGCAGCACCCAGCAGAGGCAACCUCGUCAUUCCUGGUACAAGUGGUGCACGCCAGGCUGGGCAAGGCGUGAACGGAUCCGGCGGCAUUGUUCGCGAGCCACCAGGCACGAAGUCUGCGGCUUCGAAUGCCGCGGCCAAUGCAGCUGCGGCGUCCGGCGAUGUCGGCGCUGCUGGCGGCACCCUCAAUGACGCUGACCUUUUCAGCAGCAUCAUUGGCAUGGAUGACGAGGCGGACGGACUAGGUGCCUCCGGCGGGAACGAGGACGAGGAGGACAUGGUGCACUCGUUCGAAGUGCGCGAAGAGGCGACGGAGGAAGUCCGAAGACGAUGCAACGACAUUGGCUACCCGAUGCUGGAAGAGUACGACUUUCGCAACGACCACUCCAAUCCGGAUCUGGAAAUCGACCUCAAGCCCGUCACUCAGAUCAGACCUUACCAAGAAAAAAGUCUGUCAAAGAUGUUUGGAAAUGGCAGAGCUAGAAGUGGCAUCAUUGUGCUGCCCUGCGGUGCUGGAAAGACUCUAGUGGGCAUCACGGCUGCUUGCACCAUCAAAAAGAGCUGUUUGGUGCUUGCAACGAGCUCCGUCAGUGUGAUGCAGUGGAAGCGAGAAUUUAUGCAGUGGAGCAACAUUCAAGACCACCAGAUCAGCGUGUUUACCGCAGACCAAAAAGAAAAGUUUACGAGCGCCGCGGGAAUCGUCGUGUCCACUUACUCCAUGGUAGCAAACACGGGCAAGCGGUCGCACUCUUCCCAGAAGAUGAUGAAUUUUUUGGAGUCUCGCGAAUGGGGUUUCAUCCUGCUCGACGAAGUGCACGUCGUUCCAGCAUCCAUGUUCAGGCGGGUGCUGACCAAGAUCAAGGCGCAUAGCAAACUUGGUCUGACAGCGACGCUGGUCCGAGAAGACGAAAAAAUCGACGAGCUAAAUUUCUUGGUUGGGCCCAAGCUUUACGAGGCUAACUGGAUGGACCUGGCUGCAAAGGGUCACAUUGCGACUGUGCAAUGCGCGGAGGUGUGGUGCCCCAUGACACCAGAGUUCUACAGAGAGUACCUUCGUGAAAAGAGCAGAAAGAGGAUGCUGCUGUACUGCAUGAAUCCGAACAAAUUUCAAGCUUGCCAAUUCCUCAUCAACUACCACGAAAACAGAGGCGACAAGAUUAUCGUCUUUUCGGACAAUGUAUACGCCUUGGAGGCCUAUGCCAAGAAGCUCAACAAGUUGUUCAUUCACGGAGGCAUCCCUCAAACUGAGCGCAUGCGCGUGCUGCAACAUUUUCAACACAACCCGACCAUCAACACCAUCUUCCUGUCCAAGGUAGGCGACACGUCCAUCGACUUGCCGGAAGCAACGUGCUUGAUCCAAAUCUCUAGUCAUUUCGGUUCGCGUCGUCAAGAAGCUCAACGGCUGGGUCGUAUUCUGAGAGCAAAGCGCAGAUCCGAAGAUGGCUUCAAUGCUUUUUUCUACAGUCUAGUCUCGACCGACACCAGUGAGAUGUACUAUUCGAGCCGAAGGCAAGCAUUCUUGGUUUCUCAAGGGUAUGCGUACAGGUGCAUCACCAAAUUGACCGGUCUGCAGGAGAUGGAUGACCUGAUCCUCAAGACCAGAGAAGAGCAGAUUGAGCUCUUGCAAAGCGUCCUCAUAGCGAACGAUUCGGCGGCAGAUGUUGGCAAGGAUAUGGCUGGUGCAGGCGGCUGGGAGGAGGAAGGCUACGGUGGCGCUUCAAGCAGUGGCAACAGGCGAAUUGGCGCUGCCCCUUCCUCGUUCAAAGCGAAGCGCUCGACGGGUACCUUGGACGCGCUGUCUGGUGCAGGCACCAUGUCCUACGUGGAACGCAACAAGUCUGCCAAUCGAACUUUGGCAAAGGAGAGGCAUCCAAUUUUCAAGAAACAUUACAACCAGAAGUGA